AUGUUGGAAAAAUUACUGCGUCCCCAGAGCACCACACUUCCCGGAUUUCCCGUCUGUCCGGUCUGCUACUUCAACCUGCUCGGCCAAUGGCGCCUGCAGGCUCGACGCGGAGUUGCGCCGCCUCAUCGUGGCCGUUACGUCUACACCGAGCAUAUCUGCCAAGCCUCCGCCGGGCCGGCUCACUUGCCUACGGCGUUGCCGAUGGCAACCUGGGACUCAGCACCCCGUCGGACUGACUCACAAGGUACAUGUCUGUCGGUCGGUGCUGUGUGUGGACGCUUGAUGGCGUUGCGCGGCGGUGAAGCCUGUCUUCUCCACGAGACGGUUGUGUGUCCUGACUGCUGGGUGUCGAUCACUUCAGCUGCAAACGGAAUCACAAAACACGGUAACUUCCCUUCACAGGAAUUGCACUGGGUUGCCUGGGCUAGAGUCGAGUUUUUUUUUAUCAAAUCCGAAUGCUUGUUUUUCGUAUUUCCCUAA